GUGGAGAUUCUCUGGUUCUACAGCUGGAGUGUUUUUGGGGGGUUUGGUUCCACAUCUCUGGAGGAACAGGAUCAGCUGAUCUAUAGAAGAAUGAAUGCUUUCUUGGUUCAAGUCUUCUGCUGCUCCUAGUGUCGACGUUCUUGACGAAUGUUAAGCUGAUGUUAAACACAAGGUAUCCAGAAGACAGAUGAAACCAAGUCCCGACAUGGAGAAAACCCACCACUGUUCAGACUGUGAAAAAAGUUUUGCUAAAGAGAGUCACCUGAAAACACACCAGCGCAUUCACACUGGAGAAAAACUGUAUCAGUGCUCAGAGUGUGAAAAGAAUUUUAAUCAAUCAAGUCAUCUUAAAACACACCAGCGCAUUCACACCGGAGAGAAACCGUAUCACUGCUCAGAGUGUGGGAAGAGUUUUAAUCGAAGUAGUAAUCUAAAAAAACACCAGCGCAUGCACGCAGGAGAAAAACUGCACCACUGCUCGGACUGUGGGAAGAAUUUUAAUGAACUAAGUAACCUCAAAAAACACCAGCGCGUUCACACAGGAGAGAAACCGUAUCAGUGCUCAGCCUGUGGAAGGACUUUUAGCGAAGUGAGUAAUCUCAAAACACACCAACGCAUUCACACAGGAGAGAAACCGUAUGUCUGUUCAGACUGCGGCAAGAGUUUCAGUCAACUGAAUCAUCUUAAAACACAUCAGCGCAUUCACACUGGAGAGAAGCCGUAUUAUUGCUCAGAGUGCGGAAAGAAUUUUAAUGAACUGAAUUCUCUCAAAAUACACCAGCGCAAUCACACAGGAGAGAAACCGUAUCAAUGCUCAGACUGUGGAAAGAGUUUUAAUGAACUGAGUAAUUUCAGAACACACCAGCGCAUUCACACCGGAGAGAAACCGUAUUGCUGCUCAGAGUGUGGAAAGACUUUUAAUGAACUGAGUAACCUAAAAACACACCAGCGCAUUCACACCGGAGAGAAACCGUUUCACUGUUCCGACUGUGGGAAAAGCUUCAUGUACUCAAAGACAUUAAAAAGUCACAAAUGUGUAAAGAGCUGUCAAGAAGAUAAUUCGACCACCCCAAUUCCCAAUGCAGAUCCUAAAGGAUCCUGAAUUAUACUUCUACUUCUAGUCUAUGGCAGGGGUGUCCAAACUUUUUUUGUUGGGGGCCAGAAGGAGAAAUAUAUUUGAAGUCACGGGCCACAGACUCUGUAAUAAAACAAAUAAUGAAAUAUACCACUUUAAAUAAUACAUUUUCCUGAUUACUUUCAUUUACACACCAUUUUACUUGACUUACUAUCUUUUACAGUGUUGUGUAAACUAAGAUUUUUCAAAUUGAUGUUUAAUUUCAUGAUGUCUCUUAAUUUUAAACUCCUUAAUUACAGCAACUUUUAGACUCUUUGGCCCGUUUUUCUGCGCUAGAAAUGCACACUCUCUCCGCUUUUAGACUCUUUGGCCCGUUUUUCUGUGCUAGAAAUGCGCACCCUCUCCGCUUUUAGACUCUUUGGCCCGUUUUUCUGUGCUAAAAAUGCGCACCCUCUCCGCUUUUAGGCCCUUUUCUGACACCUAGUGUUCAAACUUUGAAUCUCACGUUAUAAAAAUCUGCUUAACAGCGGGCCAACUUUCAUUAUAUGUCUAAAAUACCUCACGGGCCGCUCCAAAAAAGGGAAUGGGUCGCAAAUGGCCCGCGGGCCAUAGUUUGGACACCCCUGGUCUACGGUGUAUCCUUACAGUGUGUGUAUACUUCUGCAUUUGUGUGUCUGUGUAUGCAACGCUCUGUAGUUUAACCACAAAGGUGGUAAUAAAAGGAGGGAGCAGGAAGCUCAGUAGACCAAUCACAACGUGGUUACUUUAAUGGGUAGGUGCACAUUAGGCUAAAGCACAGGGGACACCGAGCCUACGCCAUAGACACACAACAAGCAUAGCGGGACACCUAAGUGUGCUCUGAACCUCUAACUGUGCU